CGAAUGAUUCGUUCACGACAUCGCUCAGCGCGGACACUUGGAGGCGCCCACAAGCGGUUCUGUGACAAUUGAUGGACCGAUUUGGGGAAGAUGGACUUUGAUAAUCCGUGGCCACACAAUUAGUCUGAUGAAUUCUUCUGUUUUCUAAGCGCCUUGUAUGCCUGAUCCUCAUCUACCGUUGCGGACUCCUUGCAAUCCAAAGCUUUUUUUUAUUAGGGACAAUGGCAGCGGUAACGAGUCCGGAAACGACACCUCAGCCCCGGGUCUAUUUUCAAACACCUCCCGGUACCGAAGAAGAAGUGCCACAGAAGCAAGGACGAGUGACCGUAAAAUAUGACAGAAAAGAAUUGAGGAGGCGACUGAAUUUGGAGGAGUGGAUAGUUAGCCAGUUAAUGAAUCUGUACGACUGCGAGGAGGAUGAGGUGCCUGAGCUGGAAAUAGAUGUGGAUGAGCUUCUGGAUCUGCCCAGCGAUGUCGAGAGAGCCAUUCGAGUGAAGAUGCUGCUGGUCGACUGUUAUAAGCCUAAUGAUGACUUUGUGGCGGCACUGCUGGAGAAGGUCCGAGGGAUGCAGAAACUCAACACCCCGCAGAAGAAAGGGGAGUUGACGCCAUGAGGCCAUCGCAGCUCCCCCCACCACCACAAAACCAACCUGUCACUCCAAACCCAGAGGAGAGAUGCAGGCAUGCAGACCCAACCACUAAACCACAGCGUCUGUCAAAACGGAGAUCAAUGAUACGAGUCCAGCUAAGCCAACCUCAGCUGCAGGUUGACCAACUGUUUUUACUUCGUCUUAGUACUGUUUCAGCAUAUAUUACAUGUAGAGAGUGUGGUAGUGUCCCUUUAGCUUAAAACCCCUGUGGUGAUUUAGGGAAAGGAAUCGAAUGGUUGAUGUUACGGUUACACUAUUCACCAAUACACUUUUUCAGCCUCGUGACUUGGCUUGAUGUGUCUGUCUGUAAUCAAGUAGGAAGUUAGAACAAAGCUGAUUUCUUUUUAUCCCCCCCUUUUUUGUCAGUCUCUCACAUCUGAUGUCUUUUGCUAGGGCGAAACGAUUUUUUGCAGGCCAGAAAAUAUUAGUUUUAGAUAUGGGGUUUCAGAUUUUAGGGUGUGUUGAUGUAAUUUGGGAAGAGGGAGGGGGAUGAGAAUUGUGAACUUGUGUUUUGUAAGCCAUUUUUAAUCUACCAUUUCUAGGGGAACAAAAAACAAACAAAAAAAACACGAUAGCUCUAUGCUUAGUACUACUGUUUUUAAAAAUCAUUUGACCGAGGAAAAUUAAACUAGUUUGAAGUUCUUUCAGGAUGAAGAGUAGCAAUACAGAUAGAGUGAAUUUGCCAAUUUGUUACAUCUGAUAUUUUUACUAAUUUUACAAAAAUGAAGAGUAUGCUGAAUUGUGAUGAAGGCAAUGAAUGAAGAUGCUUUGGUGGUGUAGGCCAAGGUCAAUGCUAAGUCAAGCUCAAAGCCCGCAUAUCUUUUGUAAAUAAAAUGUUUAUUUCAAGUGAACAAGAUUUCAGAAAUGCAAAUGUUACUGAUCAGAACUUGUUGGAAUGGCAAAAAAAACUGUACUGUGUGCACUCUCACAACCAAAUACAUGUAGUAAGGCUCUCAAAUAAAGAAUGGUGCUACAUA